GCCUGGGCAGGGCGGUAGCAAAAGGCCUGUCGUGACAGCAUGGGUGAGGGGGUGUGGGGCGGGGGAGGCCUUGGGUUGUUUUGGACUGUGGGUGGGUGCGAGGGGCUGGCGGGCUGGAGUCCCGGGUCCAGGCCAAGGAUCUGACCCGAGGUUGGUGUUCCUCCGACCCCGCAGCGCGGCCCAUCCUGUCCUCGCCAUGAGGCCGCAGCAGGCGCCGGUGUCCGGGAAGGUCUUCAUUCAGCGAGACUACAGCAGCGGGACACGCUGCCAGUUCCAGACCAAGUUCCCCGCGGAGCUGGAGAACCGGAUUGAUAGGCAACAGUUUGAAGAAACCGUUCGAACUCUAAAUAACCUUUAUGCAGAAGCAGAAAAGCUUGGGGGCCAGUCGUAUCUUGAAGGCUGUUUGGCUUGUUUAACAGCAUACACCAUCUUUUUAUGCAUGGAAACUCAUUAUGAGAAGGUUCUGAAGAAAGUCUCCAAAUACAUUCAAGAGCAGAAUGAGAAGAUAUAUGCUCCCCAAGGCCUCCUUCUGACAGAUCCCAUUGAGAGAGGACUUCGAGUUAUUGAAAUUACCAUUUAUGAAGACAGAGGCAUGAGCAGUGGAAGAUAAACCUUAGCGUUAAAGAUCCCACCUCAAACUGGGACCCUCCUCUGUCCACUGGCUGACCGCAGAGUGUCCCCUACCUCCUCUCCAGAGCAUCAUUCCUUUGUAUCUGCUGCCAGAGCCAUGGUGCCAUUUACUCCAAGGACUUAACUUACUACAAUUCCAUGCCUGGGGUGACCUCUAGCCACUCAGCAUCCACUUUGUGUCUCUAAAUUGUGUAAGACUGUAAUCUUUUGGUUAGUUUCUGAGAAAACACAAUGAAGGAUUUCACUUUUUUACUCAAAGCUGUUUAAUAAAAUUAUGCAGUUGGUCUGCCCAAUGCAAAGUUAAUUUUGAUCUGCCAC